AUGAUGAUAAAUCCUGAGCUUGAAGCUUUUGCGCGAGCGAUAUCGCGCGUACUGGGUUGGGCAUACUUCCUGUCGUGGUCCCUGUCCUUCUAUCCCCAGCCCAUAUCGAACUUCCUCCGCAAAUCUACGCUCGGUCUUGCAAUAGACUUUCCCACUCUCAACGUCCUCGGUUUCACCUGCUACACUAUUUCCACUGCCUGCUUCCUGUAUUCGCCAACCAUCAAGUCACAAUACGCGUACCGUCAUCCUGAAGCGCUCAAGACAACAGUGCGCUUCAAUGAUUUUCUAUUUGCGGCACAUGGUGCCGUCAUGUGUGUAAUCAUAUACAGCCAGUUCUUCGAGAAGAUCUGGGGCUUCGAGAUCGGCAAGAGGCAGAAGGUCAGCCGGGUCAUAUUAGGAGUUUGGUGGGGAUGUGUGCUUGCUAUCGUGGUCGUGGUAGGUCUUGUGAAGACCAGGGGGGCAGACGGAAAUGGUGCAGAAGGGUGGGCGUGGAUCGAUGUUAUCUACACGCUCGGCUACGUGAAACUUCUCACUGUCUUCCUCAAAUACAUACCGCAGGCCUGGGUCAACUACAAGCGCAAGUCGACACUGGGGUGGAGUAUCUACCCCAUGCUCUUAGACUUUGCGGGUGGGUGGCUUUCGCUCGCGCAGCUAUGCAUCGACUCCGCGCUAGAGAACGAUUGGAGUGGUGUCACUGGUAAUCCAGUCAAAUUCGGACUAGGAAACAUCACUAUCGUGUUUGAUAUCAUCUUCAUGCUGCAGCAUUAUGUGCUGUACAAGCAUCCUGCGAAGCGUUUGGAGGAUGAGGACGAGGAGGAAAGGCAAGGACUUGUCGCGGGUCAGAGAGACUAG